UCACGUGUCUGGCAGCCUCCUAAAGAGGGACUGAUAUUGACCAAACUGGAGAGAGAGAGAAGCAAGCCAGCAAGCCAGGAGGAGGAGAUGCUGAUAUUGACAAGCGACGGGGCAAACUGCAAGUGUUACUGCGUGCUGGGUGGAAGCCGCCACUCUUGCUGCAGAGCUCCCCUCCCCCCGGUGAGAGAAGCCCCCCUCCCUCUCGCUCAAUCCAUCCUUCCGUCGCUGCAUCCUUGCAUGGUGCUGCCGCCAUGGCUUGGCCCUGCAUCAGCCGAGUGUGUUGCCUGGCGCGCUUCUGGAACCAGCUGGACAAGUCGGAUCUGGCGGUGCCGCUCACCAUUCACAAUUACUCUGACAUCGAGGAGUCGGCAGAGGAGGGGACAGAAGUGGGCGGCGGGGGCGACCCACAGCCGUCUCGCGUCCCAACAGGUGGCAGCACCAGCAGCCGCCCCCAUGCCCAUCCGCGGGCGGCCACUGCGCUGCCCGUGUCGGCGUCUGCCCCGUCGCUGCAGGGCAGCCUCGUCACCGUCAAGACGCCGUCGAAGAAGACGCGCGGCGGCCACCGAAAGGAGCCCUUCGCCGCAGAGACUCAGUACCAGCAGGAUUUCCGAGCGUGGCCUGUGCAGAAGCGGGACGCCCUGCCGUGGAUGGGGGAGUACAGGCGGGUGGAAGCCCCGCGGGCGGCCCCGGCCUCGAUCGCCUCCGCCACUCCUUCCCACGCCGUGAUCCCGGGGGACUCCCAUGUGUACGUGCUGCCGGCGGCCGGGCAGGAGGUGGGCAGUAAGUACAGUGGAUUUAAGCAGGUGUGGUCUUCCUCCUCGCCGCCAGGCGUCCCCGGCACCACCUCCUACAGGCGUGAGUAUCGCCCAUGGACUGGAGCAAAACGAUCAAGGCCCACAAAGACAACACAAGGGUUCAGUAUUCCAGAGGAUCACUUUGUGCAAGAAUCUAGCUACAAAGCAGACUUUAAGAUUCCAGAAGUGAAGGCUACGUUUUCUCCAAAUCCUUCUGCUGUUUUCCAGGCACCAUCUCGCAUCCUCAAUGUAUGAAUCUGGAUCAUGCACGUUUCCCAUCCAGGCAGCUUGAAUGUUAAGGUUGUGAAAAUGUACAGCUAUGCAAUUUUCAUGAGUUGUGUUGAGAUAGGAGCAAGGAUUAUUAAAAGCAGCUACAGUGAAUAUCAAAAUGUAUGCCUCUAUUAUGAACAUGUAAAUCAUAAAGCACUUGAGUUGGAGAUGGCAUAAUAUACUGAGGGAGAAUGACCUACUUUCAUAGAAACAGGCUCAUCAGAAGUAGCCAAGCUGUCUUCACGUUCAGGAUACUGACUCGGAUCAGCAAAAGGCAGCAUUUUAAGCGAUGUGCUUAUGCCGAAGUACACAGGUGGCUGAGUAACGUGUAUAAUAAGCACUUACCUCUCAAUGUGGUUUUAUAGCCACAUUGACAAGAAGUCAGGAAAAGUGAGACCGGGUGGCUUUGGAAUGUUGCUGUUUCUUUUUAAAUCUGGGAAUCAACCUCAAAGUAUAUCUUGUUGUUGCAGAGACUUUAAUGUCUCCCUGCUAAGGGUCAUUCAAGGUGAACAGUGUGGCUCUUGACCAGUUUGCCCUAGAUUAGAACAUGGUGCGCCACAUAAAUGCUGACUGGAUUUUGGGGGGUUCUGAAAAAACAGCAUACUUUAUCUUUCAGAGGCCCUUGCCCAAGUUAAAUACUUCUCCAGAUUUCUUCCAUGCCAUGCAGUCCUUUGAUAGGAACUGUGAUUUGUGUCAAGACUGCUUUUCUUUUGGAGAUAGGUACUCCCAGCACUCACAGGCUCACAUCUCUGCUUCAUUUCCUCCUGGGUUGGCCACAACCUUUUAUUUCUUUAAGAGCUUAGUUCCUUGGUAAUUCUGAGGCUAGGAACAAGUUUCGCUUAUUUAGAUGUGCAUGCAAGAUCAACAUCCACAUCAAUAAACUCCUCAGGAGAAGUUCUACAGACAUUAUUCUGGAAUGGAAAAUGAAGACUUGAUCCAGAAUGUUUUCUACCCCACUUCUUUAGUGAGCCAACAGAAUCCCCAGAGCAACACUAUUGAACGAAAGUGGAAUGGCUUAAGACUUUAUUUGUGAUUUUAUUUGUACGCUGGCUAAUCUACAGUGCCUGGAAGGUCGCUUAUAUUAAAGCAUCACAAUGAAACAUACAACUAAAAACACAUGAUCCAGCCAAAAGAUCACAGCACCUUAAACAUUCCCUAAUGUUACCAUCCAGCACUGACUGAUCCUGCUGGCUGUACUGUAGCUCUGAAAUACCUGCCAAAAGUAGCAAGCCUCACAUUUAUGGCCACUGAGGUGUAUUUAUGUAUUUAUUCAGGAAAUGCAUUCCACAACCUUGGUCCAGCUACCCUGAAGGCCCUGUUAAGUUUUCAGGGUUGGGGAGGCUAUUGAAUUUUGUGGCGAAGCUCCUCUCUCAGAAUCAAUACGAGGGAGAGUACCAGCUUUAUUGGGAACUGGUAGCAUUAACUUGUUUAGCUCAAAACAUUAAAAUGGACCAGACAUCAAAGCAAUGACCAAUUCAAAUUGUAAUUGUGCUGUUUAAUAUGUAUGUAAAUAGUUUACAUAGAGAGAGCAGGUGGUUUUUUAA